UGCCCGGGCAGCCUCCUUGGAGUGCCCCCCCCCCGCCUGGCCCGGUGUUCUGGUGAUGCCACAUAAGGGCAUUUGCAUACCUGCUCCCCAUUUGCAUAAGGUGCUUUGUCCCUCGAGUUCUGGUGCCUGGAGAGAGUCCUGUGGGGCCUGGCCUGGCUGUGCCCUUCUUCUCCCUGCCAGCACCCGCUCUCCUUUCUGCCCCCUCCCCACACGCUGCCACCUGCAGGGCCUCCCCCAGCCACUCACUCUUGUAACUGACCUACGGGUUCUCCAGAGACCAGGAAUGACGUUCCUGCUCCUGUCCUUCCUGCUCCUGCUGCUGCUCCUCUCCUAAAGGGCUCCUGCCCUCCCAGCUCUGGGGCAGGCAGCUCCCGUGCGCUCCCCUCUCUGUGAGCAUGGAGCCCCACGCAGAGCCCAGAGGAAGACUCCGGCUGUGAAGACACCCAUGGCAACCAUCCUCGCGGCCACCCGCAUCUCCCGGCCCCUCGCCCAGCUGGCCACCAAAACCUCCCACCUGAAGGAUGUCUCCGCCAGCCUUCGGCCCCUGCCUGAGAUCUGUUCCUCGGUGUCCCGCCUGCAGGGCCGGCGUUCCUACGCAACAGAAGUGGAUGAGAUUGGCGAGAGGCCCGUCCUCAUCACUGGCUGCGAUUCUGGCUUUGGCUUCGCCCUGGCCAAACACCUGCACGAGCGAGGAUUCAUCAUCUAUGCCGGCUGCCUGCUCAAGGAGCAGGGAAGGGGCGGCUCCAAGGAUCUGGACGCCAUGAAGAGUGACCGGAUGAGGACCGUCCAGCUCAACGUCUGCGACAGCGAAGACGUUAGCCGGGCCGUGGACUACAUGACCUCCACUCUGAAGAUGCCAGAAAAGGGGCUGUGGGGCCUGGUCAACAAUGCUGGGAUCUCAACCUUUGGGGAGGUGGAGUUCACCAGCAUGGACACCUACAAGGAGGUGGCGGAGGUGAACCUGUGGGGAACGAUCCGCACCACCAAGGCCUUCUUGCCUCUCAUCCGCAGGGCCAAAGGCCGCGUGGUGAACAUCAGCAGCAUGAUGGGGCGCAUGGCCAACCCGGCGCGCUCCCCCUACUGCAUCACCAAGUUCGGGGUGGAGGCCUUCUCCGACUGCCUGCGCUACGAGAUGCGCCCGCACGACGUCAAGGUGUGCAUCGUGGAGCCGGGCAACUUCAUCGCGGGCACCAGCCUCUACAGCCCCGAGCGCAUCCAGGCCAUCGCCGACAAGAUGUGGGACGAGCUGCCGGAGAUCGUGCGCCGCGACUACGGGCGCAAGUACUUUGACGAGCAGAUCGCCAAGAUGGAGUCGUACUGCAACAGCGGCUCCUCCGACACGUCGCCCGUCAUCGACAGCAUCGCCCAUGCCCUGACCUCCUCCACCCCCUACACCCGCUACCACCCCAUGGACUACUACUGGUGGCUGCGCAUGCAGGUCAUGACCCACAUGCCGGCCGCCAUCUCGGACCGACUCUACAUCUACUGAGCGGGGGGGAGGGGGGACCCCUGCGCCCCCCACCGCCACCGUGUCCACCUCCAGGAAGGGAAACUAAUGCUAAGGGUUACCCUGUACAAAUUUCUCCGUAGUCGCUUGUCUAGUUGAGGUCCAAGUACUGUAUUUUUAGGGCUAAGCUGUUGUUAAUUUAAGCGUUUGAGGCUCCCUUACUCCUUGCAUGGUGUGUCUCCAACCAGUGCUAUUUAUUUCCAAUAGUCCCAUUUCCCCCCUGCCCAUCUCAGCUGCUUUGGUCAGAGUUCCUGCUGCAUCGACAGCUGCCCUCCCCUGGGAGCCCCCCCUUGAGUGGCAGGCGGGGGGGGUGGACCCUGUGCCCCUGGCUCCUUCCACCCAGCGCCCAGAAGCCCUAGAGCCCCUCCCUCUGGGCUGGAGCUGGGGCUCCAAAGGAGCCAUUGGGCCUCCUCCGGCCUUGCCUGCCUUUUGCACACUCCUUCCGGGGGGCAACUCUGUGGACCAGAAACACAAACACUCCCCCCCCCCCACUAGGCAGGCUCAUUCCCAUGCACUCCUGCGAGCAAGCGAGCGAUGUUCUCCUGAGCCAGGCACUUUGAACAGGGGCUGCAGAGGCAGGGUGGGGGGAGCUUCUUUGGGAGCCCCCGCCCCUCAGUUUGGGCAGCCAGAUGCUCCUAAAGGGCAAGGAGGGUCCCUUGGGCUGGGCAGGGAAUUAGAGGACUUUUUAGAAGCUCAAACUCUUUCUGGCAUGCUGGCGGGGGGGGGAUGCCUGCCCCCUUUGCUCCCCAGGGCCAACUGCGCUCACAGGGCACUGCAGCAAUAAGUGGCUCUCGCUGUCGGUAGCGCACACCAAGGAGCCGCAGGCUAGCCAUGCCCCCCCCCCAGCCACUGAGCGAGGACUGGGGGGGGCCCUCUGGGAAAGGGAACAAGCCCUGCGAGGCAGGACGGCAGAGUCUCUGCUCCACUGCAGUUUUAGGAACACACUUUUGUACAAAAAAGCCAUGUGGAGAUAUUUUUGUGAUGCUUCAGAGGCGAACAAAACUGUCACUGGAAGCUGAUGAAAAGUGUUUGUGAAAGUGGGGGGCAGGGGGGGCCUGCACUUCUGUAACGGGGGAGGGGGAGUCUGUGAUCAAAUAUCCUCUGCCUUGAUUAACAUUAAACAACAGUGACAAGGAA